AGCAAAACCCAUCUUAAAUCUUAAAGUGAGAGAGUCUAAGAAUGAAAAUGGCGCUAUCUUCUUCAUCACCUUGUUGGUGUUCUUCCCCUCCACCGCUUCCUCCCUUCAUCCAACGACAUCGUUUUGUUCCUCUCAAACCCUACACUCGUUCUCAACCACACCACACCCUCGCCGCCGCCGCCACCAGACCUUCUACUCCGUUAGUGCACUCCACCAGACAAGGGUUUGACACCGUCAACAUUGCCGAAGAUGUCACUCAGUUGAUUGGAAACACGCCAAUGGUAUACCUGAAUAAAGUUACGGAGGGUUGUGUGGCUAACAUUGCUGCCAAACUUGAGUCUAUGCAACCUUGCCGCAGUGUUAAGGACAGAAUUGGCUAUAGUAUGUUAUCCAAUGCCGAAGAGAUUGGAGCAAUUUCUCCCGGGAAGACCGUGUUGGUUGAACCAACUACGGGAAAUACAGGACUUGGCAUUGCUUUUGUUGCAGCAACAAAAGGGUACAAACUUAUAGUCACAAUGCCUGCUUCUGUUAAUGUUGAGAGGAGAAUCCUUUUACGUGCUUUUGGUGCAGAGGUUAUUUUGACUGAUUCUGAGAAGGGGUUAAAAGGGGCCGUUGACAAAGCUGAAGAAAUUGUACGCAGCACACCUGACGCUUACAUGUUUCGACAGUUUGAUAAUGUGACUAAUGCCAAGAUACACUUCGAAACUACAGGGCCAGAGAUAUGGGAGGAUACCCUAGGUAAUGUUGACAUAUUGGUUGCUGGGAUUGGAACUGGUGGCACCAUUACUGGCACUGGACGUUAUCUGAAAAUGAUGAACCAAAAUAUAGAGGUGGUUGGGGUGGAACCUGCAGACCGAAGUGUCGUUUCAGGUGACAGUCCUGGUUUCAUGCCAAGCAUUUUGGAUAGCAAACUGCUUGACGAAGUUAUCAAGGUUACAAAUGUUGAAGCUAUUGAAAUGGCAAGGAGAUUAGCAUUGAAAGAAGGUUUGCUGGUUGGGAUUUCUUCAGGAGCUGCAGCUGCUGCUGCCAUUAAAUUAGCAAGACGGCCUGAGAAUUCUGGGAAACUCAUUGUGGUUAUUUUUCCAAGUUUUGGUGAGAGAUAUAUUUCUACUGCUCUCUUCCAAUCUAUCUACGAAGAGGUUCAGAAAAUGUAAAAUUUAGAUUCUACCUUAACGAGGUCAAUAGCCAAUUGAAGAUUGAAGCUGCUCUCAUGGCACUGCCAUUCGAAGAAGUAGCAGCUGUCUCUUGCUUUGUAUAGAUGCAUCAUUUCGACAAAGCACAAUUUUGAAGCCGAAGUCUUUCAGGAAGCUAAAAGGGGGAACUGACAUGAUGUACAAUGUCUUUUUUAUUUUCAAUUUUUAUACUGGUAAUCUAGCGUGGCCUAUUCUUUUCAUUAUUCUUCACUUUCCCUUCCCAGUGUCAAUGAUGAGUAGCAUUGAAAUGUGCUACAGAAUUGUUAGCAUUCUUUUUUCUAUUUACUAUUAUCAGACUGUAUUUUAUAUAUGUAGAUAUAUGGAAGCAUUACGGAUUGACAUUAUGGUUGACGAUGGUUUGUCAGUGCGCUAUACCAUUAUUUACUCUGCAUAA